GCAGGUGUCGGACAAUAAGAUCCUGUUCCUGAACUCAUACAAAAUGAAACUGUCGGUCAUACUAGGCGUCGGACAAAUGUUUUUCGGUGUAAUGUUGAGUCUAUGGAACCAUAAGUAUUUCCAGAACCGGCUGAACAUAAUGUGCGAAUUCAUACCGCAAAUGAUAUUCUUGAUGUCGAUCUUCGGUUACAUGAAUCUCAUGAUAUUUGCGAAAUGGUUUAAAUACGACUCGACCCGAAGUGGUUGCGCGCCAUCCAUACUAAUAAAUCUCAUUAAUAUGUUUCUAUACAAAUACGUGGCCGACGACGACCCGAGCGCCGCCUGUUAUCUCAAGGACUGGUACGCCGGACAGAAGUUCUUCCAGACGAUACUGUUGCUGUCGGCGCUCUCAUGCAUACCAUGGAUGCUGUUCGUCAAGCCAUACAUCCUUAAGAAGCAGCACGAGUUGAGAGAGCGCUUCCACCCGCGCAAUGAGGUGCUCGUGGACGGGGAGGCU